CCGCUCCGAUGUGGGUGGGUGGGACAGUCUCGUUUCACCCCGGUCUGCGCGGAUUUAAAGUGCGUGAGGCGGUGACAUUCGCGUCCUCACGCUCUUUUGCCGUGGCCCAUCCCCCCGCGAGAGGCUGAUCAGAAACCAGAGUAAAACAAAUGGCUUAAAACUGCUUUCCGCGUGAUGUAAUUCUUUUUUUAAUGUGUGACACACUUCGAAUACUCCCUACUCCUGCUUCAGCUUUCCAGAGAGACUUCCGUACUUCCACCUUUUGGGGUCUGGCUUGGGAGCAUUUCAGCUGUUGGAAGAUGGGGAAGAAGAGCCGAGUGAAAACUCAGAAGUCAGGUACAGGAGCCACAGCAGCAGUAUCUCCAAAGGAAAUGUUGAAUCUAAUUAGCGAGUUACUGCAAAAGUGCAGCAGUCCUACCCCAGGUCCUGGUAAGGAAUGGGAAGAAUAUGUACAGAUUCGCUCACUUGUUGAGAAAAUUCGCAAAAAGCAAAAAGGUUUGUCUGUUGUCUUUGAUGGAAAAAGAGAUGACUAUUUCCCUGAAUUAAUAAAGUGGGCAACUGAAAAUGGAGCAUCCACAGAGGGUUUUGAAAUAGCUAACUUUGAAGAGGAGGGAUUUGGUUUGAAAGCAAUGAGAGAGAUAAAGGCUGAAGAGUUGUUUCUAUGGGUUCCUAGAAAGCUGUUGAUGACAGUCGAGUCAGCUAAAAAUUCAGUAUUGGGAUCCCUGUAUUCUCAAGAUCGAAUUCUUCAAGCCAUGGGCAAUAUAACAUUGGCAUUCCAUCUUCUUUGUGAGCGAGCCAACCCCAACUCUUUCUGGCUACCCUACAUCCAGACACUCCCCAGUGAAUAUGACACUCCUCUCUAUUUUGAAGAAGAUGAAGUGCAGUACCUUCAGUCAACUCAGGCCAUACAUGAUGUUUUUAGCCAAUAUAAAAAUACAGCUCGACAGUAUGCCUAUUUCUACAAAGUCAUUCAGACCCAUCCUAAUGCCAGCAAACUGCCCUUAAAGGAUUCUUUCACUUAUGAUGACUACAGAUGGGCAGUUUCCUCUGUCAUGACACGGCAGAACCAGAUUCCAACAGAAGACGGUUCCAGAGUUACAUUGGCUCUAAUACCUUUAUGGGACAUGUGUAAUCAUACUAAUGGACUGAUCACUACAGGCUACAACUUAGAAGAUGAUCGCUGUGAAUGUGUAGCCCUUCAAGAUUUCAAGGCUGGAGAACAGAUUUACAUUUUUUAUGGCACUCGGUCAAACGCUGAAUUUGUGAUCCACAGUGGUUUUUUCUUUGAUAAUAAUUCACAUGACAGAGUGAAAAUAAAGCUUGGCGUGAGUAAAAGUGACAGGCUGUAUGCUAUGAAGGCAGAGGUCUUAGCUCGUGCUGGUAUCCCAACUUCUAGUGUUUUUGCCUUGCACUCCACUGAGCCUCCAAUCUCUGCCCAACUUUUGGCUUUCCUUCGAGUGUUUUGUAUGAGUGAAGAAGAGCUGAAGGAACAUUUGAUAGGCGAGCAUGCCAUUGACAAAAUCUUCACUCUGGGGAACUCUGAGUUUCCCAUUAGCUGGGACAAUGAAGUUAAACUUUGGACAUUCCUAGAAGCCAGAGCAUCCCUCCUUUUGAAAACCUAUAAGACAACCGUGGAGGAUGAUAAGUCCUUCUUGGAGACCCACGACCUUACUUCCCAUGCGAUAAUGGCUAUCAAAUUGCGCCUAGGUGAAAAAGAGAUCUUGGAGAAAGCAGUGAAGAGUGCAGCUGCUAGCCGAGAGUAUUAUACCAAACAAAUGGCAGAUGGAGCUCUGCUUCCUAAAUAUGAAGAGAGCAAUAUUGCCUUGCUGGAGAACACUGUGGCAGACUCUAGACUCCCUAUUGUCUUGAGAAACUUAGAAGAUGUGGAAGAGCAAGGGGACUUAAAGAUUGAUGAAGCUAUUGAUCCUGAAGUCACAGAGAAUGGGUUUGUAAAUGGUGAAAACUCUCUAUUUAAUGGGACCAAAUCAGAAAGUGAAAAUCUAAAUAAAGAUGAAAGUACCAGAGAGACUGAAGAUGCCAAAGAAUCUUCUUCAGAAAGUACUGAUGAGGUUAAAGAAUAGUCCUAAAAUUCUGCUUUCUUGUGAAAUUAAAUUAGCUGAAGUUUAUGAACAGUGCAUUUAUGUUGGUGUGUUUCUUUGUUAACAUUUUCUCUUUCUGCAGAGAAAAAUGUUUUUGCUGCUUUAUAUAAAAAUGAAUUUUUAAGUUAUUUAAAACACCUAGCAUCCCUUUUCAAUUAAGAUUGCCAUCUUGCUUUCGGGCAAAAACCAGGGAAAGAGGUGCCUUUGGAAGAUUUUGCAGCCCUUUGUUGAACCAAAUGUAUUUUCUUCCUGGGGAAGAAUUAAGCUCUUCUAUCUGCUGUGCUUUUGUUGUUCUGUCACUCUGACUACCGAAAUUAAAGCUUGCUCUGCCUUCUGCCAAGAAAAGCAGAAGGCAGGACUGACUCGGUAUUCAGCAUGAAGGUGGGAGAGCAGUACAGCAGAAAACUGGAUAAGAGGAUCAUAAACUUGGGAGACUGGAGGAAAACCUGUUUAAAAUCAGGUAUGCCAGUCCAGAAAAAGGUAAGGUGGCAACCUUAUGAUUGGUAGUUUUAAAUGUUAAUGAGAAUUCAAAUUGUAUACACUUAAAGUGAGCUCUGAAGAUGCAGUUUGUCAUUCGUUAACUGUAUAAAAAUAUCUCAUCUUUCUUCUUCAGUCAGUUUAGGCUGAUGCAAUACACCAUUCACCAACUUUUAAAGGCUGACUUCUUUUUAUUUCCAGGCGGUACCUUUUAUUUCUAAGGUUGGCAGUGCCACUGGAGAGUUUGAAAGCAGAUAGGCCAGGCCACAGCUUUAAACUGUAUUAUUCAACGUGAGGUCGCUUCCCAGCUUCUUCAGGUUUUCACAACUAGCUAGAAACUUUCAAAGCUACACUUUUGACUAAAUACUAUUAAAAGCAAAAUAUGAUUAAUGCUCCUGUCUGCUACUCCUUCAUUUAUGUGUUGUUGGAUGUAACAUGGUUACCUGGUCUUACUCCACCUUUUGGUUAAAAUAUUAAUUGAUGCUGUUUUCUUGAAGGAAAUGGCGGGCAGACUAAUGUAUUUUUGGCCCAAAUCCAGACCACAGCCAAGUCUGCAGUAUGCUUUGAUUGUGUCUCUGUCUGAUGCACAUUUCUUGGGAUACCUCCACAAGUUAAGCCAGGCGUGCUGUCUCCAGCAGUUUUGGUCACCUUCGUACUAUAUGUUUUAACUUCUAGGUGGAAACGAUGCUGCAAUCCUAGCGCAGUGCUAUAUCAGAACAAGGGUAAUACAAGGCUUGACUUUGAAAUUCUCUGGGUGUUGGAAGAAGAGGAGGGCAGAAUAUUUUUAGUUUGUAGGCGAAUGGGGAGGAGUAUAAAGUGAUUUAAGCCAGUUCGCAAUAUUAACGGGUUUGUCUUCUACCUUUGUACCCUUAAGUCCAAGAAAACAGACAGGAUGGACAAGCUUGGACAGUUGUUUAAAGCUCAGUGGAUGUUGCAACCUGCGCAUCCAAGAUCAGUUGCAGUAAAAUGACUUCUGGCAUAUCGAUAGUUUUAUUAGGUUUUUUGCUUCUUUUAUACUGCAACUUGGAGAAUGUGCUGUUGCAUAAAUCUGUGGUGCAAUACACAUGACAAGUAGUGAAUUUCUUGCAGGUUGUCGAUAGCAGUUUUGGUGUUCAGCCUAGUGUCAGUGUGGGGAAAAUAGAAAAAAAAAUAGUUUUUUAAAACAAAAAAUAUUUCGAUACGAAUGGCACAUUGCCACUGCACAUUGGAUAUUGCUUCACUACUAACAAGAUGCUGGACCAGUAUUUUUGUAACUUUAUGCUGCCUUUGGUAGAAUGCUCUGAAUUGUUGUCUCGACAGUUUAAAUGUCAUACAAGUCAUUACAUUUCGGGUUUUA